GACCGUUACAGCCGUUAUGGCCGUUGCUCCCCCGCGGCCGCCCCGGUGCGCUGCCAGCUCGCCCCCCGCCCCGGGCUGCCGGGCGGCGCCGCCCAGCCCAGCUCCCGGGAGGCCGCGGCCUGCGGGCCCCGGUGGCCGAGGCAGCUAUGGGAGUUACACUUCUGCUAGCGAGACCUUCCUUCUUGGCUUGGAAACACGCCUGCAGCAGGGAUUCCCAAGCUGGGUUAUCCCACACAUCAGCCGCUCUGAUGAGGUGCAGGAGCUCUGAAUACCAGCAGGAGCACCCGUGUUGAAAUCCUGAAAGAAUCCCUUGUGUGCAGAAGGGGAAACUCCUGUAAGAGAGCACAGAUUGGGAGCAACUUCAGACUAUCCAUCCAGCUGCUCACAAUACCCACCUCAGGGAGGCUUUGGGAGUCAGCACUGAGACAGCCUACGUGCCAUGCAGUACCGAAGGAAGACAUGCAGGAUUUCUAAAGCACUGUGUGCGUCUCUUCUAGCUGGUUGAUUACCUAUGUAUUAGGCAAAAUGAAGGACUCAUCCCAUUUUCUUCCAGAUUGAUUCUUGUGAGGCUCUGGGACAUUUGAAAGUGAUUUGGAGAGAGCAAAGUCUGUGUCUGAUGGACACCGAACCAAAGCCAGCGUGUGUUGUGCAGCAGCCUCGCUGCCCAGGAAUGAAGUGCCCUCCUUCAGAGGACUUUCCUCCUCAGAUAAGACUGUCUGAAAAGAUACCACCGGUGAAGCCUUGCUUCAAGAAGAAGCAGCAAGUGCAGAAGAGGCUGGACACAGAAACUCUCCGGGCUUUGCGGCCAAUCUUUACCAGUUUGCUGGGAGCUGGGACCUUGGAUAGGGUCUUUGUGCCCCGAGGCCAAGGUGGUGGUCAUAGUGAUUUAUGUGAACCUGCUGUGAAAAAGACUCUGGAUGUUGGUACUUCUUGCCCCCAACCAGAAAGUAACGUGACUGUGCUGAUGCCGACAGCUCCAGAUGUGCAGAAUCAAUUGCAAGGAGCUCGUCCUUCUUCUGGGCAUUCUGAGCAGGAUAUCCAGUCUGGAGAGCAGGGCUUGUCACCAGAAACUACUCCUGGAACUGCUGCUGAUAAUAGUAAUGAAUCAUUCCAGGAUCAUCCUUUGCACCCAACUGUUGGCGAUGGUGCAGCUUGUCCUUUGUUCCCAGACAAGAUUCUGGAAAGCUACACAUCUGGCUUAUUCCACGAGAAUAGCUGUCCCAUGCAAUACAACUUGAACCCAAGCAAUAAAUUCAGUGCUGGGAUAUUCCAGGAUAAAAGUGAAGAAGCUUCUCUUGAUCUGGUAUUUGAGCUCUUGAACCAGCUGCAAUAUCACACCCAUCAGGAAGACGGAAUAGAAAUCUGUGUGGAUUUUCUCCAGGGCACUUGUGUUUAUGGCAGUGAUUGUCCCAAACAUCACACAGUCUUGCCUUAUCAUUGGCAAGUGAGAAGGACAGCAACCCAGAGCUGGCAAAGUGUGACCAAUGAUUCCCAGGAGCAUCUGGAAAGACUCUACUGCAACCCUGACAAUGAUAGGAUCAAAGUGAAAUAUCGGGGACAUGAGUUUUGGGUGGAUUUGAAUGUUAUGAAAUUAUAUGAAACUGUUGAGUUUGACCAAAUGCGGCGGCUGUCCACACCUUCCUGCCCCAGCUCCAGCUCCAACUACUACACCGUCUGGAAAUAUUUCUGCAGGGACCACUUUGGCUGGAGAGAAUAUUCAGAGCCUGUUGUAAGACUGAUAGAAGAAGCCAGCUGCCGGGGUCUGAAAGAGGUUCGGUUUGUGACCUGGCAUAAUCAGUAUAUCUUAAACAUCAAAGAUGGAUUCCAGCAAAACGCGUGUUUCAGAAGAGAAAUCAAGAGGAGACCCCUUCUUCGCUCAUGCAUUGUGCUGAUGCCGUUUUUACAGACCUUAAGUGGGAACUCUCCGGUACCCUCUCCAGCAGCCGAACCAGCUUCCUCCCAUGUCUUAUCUCCCACUGCUGUUACCUCUCCAAACUUCUAUCCUGAAACCUGGAUUAGUAUGGAUCCGUCUCAGGACUUUAUCCAAGUGCCUGUUCUGAAGGAAGAUAAAAGCUAUAGAACCAUUUAUAACCUGUUUCACAAGACUGUGCCAGAGACCAAAUAUAAAAUCUUGAAAAUCCUGAGAGUGCAGAAUCAGUUUCUUUGGGAGAAAUACAAAAGGAAAAAGGAAUAUAUGUCAAAAAAAAUGACUGGGCUUGACAGGAUAAUGAACGAAAGGCAUUUGUUCCAUGGCACCUCCCAGGACGUGGUGGAUGGAAUCUGCAAGCACAACUUCGACCCGCGCGUCUGCGGGAAGCACGCCACCAUGUUUGGACAGGGCAGUUACUUUGCCAGAAAGGCAAGCUAUUCCCAUAAUUUUUCCAAAAGGUCACCCAAAGGAGUUCAUUACAUGUUCCUGGCCAAAGUCCUGACGGGAAGGUACACGGUGGGUAACCACACCAUGAGGAGACCUCCACCAGUGAACCCCGGCAGCAUUACCAGCGACCUCUAUGACUCUUGCGUGGACAAUUACUUUGAGCCUCAGAUAUUUGUCAUUUUUAAUGAUGAUCAGAGCUACCCUUAUUUUAUUAUCCAGUAUGAAGAAGUUAGCAACACUGUCUCCAUUUGACAACCUGUGCUGCUAAGUUACUCAUUUUAAUAAACUCUCUUACCUGGCAUUGGUAGCAGUUUUUGUGGAAAAAAAAAGUAUAAAAUUGGACAUUGCAGAACUGAUUAAAUUACUUGCUUGGAAGGAAGUAAAUCUCAAAAUAUAGAAAGGAAGAUCUGAAGUGACCAAUUGUGCACUUGCUGUUUGAUUAUGUAUGUGCAAAUUGUAAAUAUUUUUCCAUUGUUUAUAGUUGAAAAUCUGUGCCUUUUGUUAUAAAACACUGUUUAUUUAUGUUAGUAAAUAUUCAUGUUUAAAAAUG